AAUGGGAGUGCGGGGCGACUCGCCGCCGUGGGGUGUCACGGCCGCGGCGAAGCCUGCGACGCGCGGGGCCAGCGCCCGCCGCUUUUAAACCGCGAGGGCGCGCCGGCGCCUGAGAUCGCGGCGCUCGUGGGCGCCGGGCGGCGGCCGAAUGGAGAGGAAGGGCUCGGCGGCCGGAGCCAAGGGGAACCCCAGCCCGCCCGCGGCCGGCGAGGGCCCGCGGCCGGCGCCGCCUCUGUGCGCCCCGGGCGGCAGCGGAGGGGUCCCGGCGCGGGGCCAGGCUGGGGCGGCGGCCGAGCCUGCCGAGCUUAUCCGGCGCGCGCACGAGUUCAAGAGCCAAGGGGCGCAGUGCUACAAGGACAAGAAAUUCCGCGAAGCCAUCGGCAAAUACCACCGGGCGCUGCUAGAACUGAAGGGGCUGCUGCCGCCCCCCGGGGAACGGGAGAGGGACUCGCGCGCAGCCUCCCCGGCCGGGGCCCCCAAGCCCGGCCACCUCUCGGAGGAGCAGAGCAAGACGGUGGAGGCCAUCGAGAUCGACUGCUACAACAGCCUGGCAGCCUGUCUGCUCCAAGCUGAGCUAGUGAACUACGAACGAGUUAAGGAGUAUUGCCUCAAAGUCCUGAAAAAGGAAGGGGAGAACUUCAAGGCCCUUUAUCGGUCUGGUGUGGCCUUCUACCACCUUGGGGACUAUGACAAAGCACUCUACUACCUGAAAGAAGCAAGGACCCGACAGCCAACAGACACCAAUGUGAUUCGGUAUAUCCAGCUGACGGAGAUGAAGCUGAGCAGAUGUUCCCAGAGAGAAAAGGAAGCCAUGUAACUAGGAAGCCUCUCCAGAGCUGCACCCAUCCCGACCAGGAACUUUCAAGCACCCCUGGACAACAGCCUGCCCAGUUCUGUCACUUCCCCCCUACUUCUUCCAGCACCCCCUUCUUCCUCUCAUCACCCCCAAUUCUCUGUCUACUCCUAAUGUGAAAAGAAGACAAAAAGCACAUUUGGAAUCUGAGGUACCCAGACAGGGAGCCAUCCUGUCUCUCUAGCAGGUCAGUGACGGAAGGGGCCUAACUUCUGCCGGAACAGUUGGCGAGGAGUCUCCUGGGAUGGGGAUGCCGCUGUGACUUUGACUGUGGCCAGAGCAUCUGUCAGAGGCAGUGCCUGGCAGGUGUUUCACCCCAAAGACAGCAGAUAUGGUGCCUACAGUCUGGACCGUCCAAAUCUUUCUGAUGGACCAUGGCAUCUCAAGGCGAUUAUAACAAAGCAAACACCAGAAGCACUGGUUGGGCAAACAUAGAGACUGAAUUUAUACACUAGCACAUCCUCACUCCCUCCAGGACCCUCCAGGACCUUGGCCCCUGCCACUCUCCCUCUCUUGUUGUCUUGGCUUGUGCUUUCUCCUCGCCCUCUUAGGGAUCCGAGUCUCUGCCAGGAUUCACAUGCCAUACAGCCCACUCUCGAAGCCCUUCGGUGAGCACACAUACCAACUCCCAGCCAGUAGGCAGCUAUGACAGCAGAAGGACAGGGUGAAAUGGGCCAAGCGGGGGGCAAGGCAGACCUACAGGUUGAUGAUGCCCAAGGAAAAGGGCUUUGUGUAAGCUGGGGGAUCGGGCUAUGGACUAAAUAAGUGUAAAUAAAAAUCAGUCCACGGGCAGAAGUUCUGUCAUUUCUGUUGAAAGCCGCCCACUCCUUCACUCUCACUUCUGCCCCGAGCUGCAGUCAGAGCUACUUACAGUCAGGAAGCAUGGGUCUUCCCCCGCAGCCACUGGCCAUUUGUCCGGUGCUGUACACAAUGCUGGCUACAGCCUUUGUGCUUUUAAGUGUGGGCUGGGAGUAUGGAGACAGCCCUGGGCCUUGGCUUUGUGGGAACUUGUACAGCCUCUUUCUGAUGAAAUUAACUGAAUUCAAUAUCUAGCACACAGAGUGUAUUCGACAAAUAUUUGUUGAAUGAAUAAAUUAUGACUGCAGACUGACUCUCCUGCCUUACACUAAUUUUAUCCCAGCCUAGUCUCCAGAUAUCUAUGCUCUUAUGCUAUGCCUUGUUGUUUCUGUCAAAUGAGAGACAGUCACUGAGGGCUUACUGUUCACCCACUGUAGUGCAAUAUGCUGGGUGACACAGGAUGUCAUCCUAGUCUCCCCGAAGAUGGAAAUGCAUAUGAGAUUGUUACCAAUGUCAUCUUAAACUUAAAUGAUGCUUAAACAUUUUCAAAGUACUUUCAUGUAUUUUUUUGUGUGAUUAGUGACACAAUGUAUAAAGUCAAAAUAUAUACAGAUGCAAUAAUGUUAAUAGUUAGGAUUUAUUAAAUGCACUAUCUUCAGAUAUUUA